AAACUGCUUUGUGGCCCUUUAUUUAUAAUUUCAAUUGUUCUGGUCUUGACUUCUGAGUUAGCUUGCGUUUUGCUACGCCUACUAAACUUCUAAUCAAUCUCUUGAAAAAUAGUUUGUACAUUGAAUCUUCAACCCAUGUUUAUCAAAAGUGUUCUAGUUUAAUAAAAUGAAAUCAAAAUCAAAAAAGAAGCACGCAACCCUUGACGGAAGUUCAGACGAUGAACCGAUUUUACCGCGGGAUGAGGAUGAAGAUGAUAGUAUCCUGCCUAAUGAAGAUAUAGAUGCAUUACCAGCCGCACCUUCAGGAAUUCAAGCACAAGCAACUAGUAGUAGCAGAAGUCAGUUGUUGUCACCACAACACGAUAUUGAAAAUCCUACAUUUGCAAUCACUUCACAAAGUGCAUCACAAAUUAAAGAUAUUUACGAGAGUCUCGAUUAUGAUGUGUGCGAAAAUGUUUUACACAAACAAGAGCAAGCAAAACGCACAGAACGUUUUGAGCCACGAAAAGAUGUUGUUAGAUGGCUUAUUUUUCUACAAAUAGGAGUGAUAACAGCUCUGAUUGCUGCUGCCAUCGAUAUUGUUAUUGAAGAGCUAUCAACACGGAAAUAUAAAUUUCUAAAAAAAGCAAUUGAUGCGCAUGUGUUAGGUAAUGGCACCGCUGAAAAUGAAGUAAUCCAUGGUGACGUUGUUAUUCCUUAUUUGUACUGGAUUUUGCUGAGUAUUGUUCCUGUUGGUUUGGGUUCAGCUCUUGUUACGUAUGUUGAACCUAUAACCGCUGGUAGUGGUAUUCCUCAAGUAAAAUGCUACUUAAACGGUGUGAAAAUUCCUCGGGUCGUACGCAUCAAAACAAUGACAAUUAAAGCAAUUGGUGUUGUUACUUCGGUUGUUGGAGGAUUAACUGGUGGAAAGGAAGGACCAAUGAUUCAUGCUGGAGCAGUUGUAGCAGCUGGAAUCUCUCAAGGAAAAAGCACGACAUUUGUGAAAGACUUCAAAGUUUUCAAAGGAUUCCGCGAUGAUCAUGAGAAACGUGAUUUUGUACUUGGUGGUGCAGCUGCAGGUGUUGCAGCAGCUUUUGGAUCACCUAUCGGUGGAGUUCUCUUUUCUCUCGAAGAGGCGGCGAGCUUUUGGAAUCAAAAUCUUAUAUGGCGAACUUUAGUGGCAUCUGUUAUCAGUUCUUUUACAUUGAACGUUGUCCUCUCAGCUUACCACGAUCUUAAGUACUUUACAUUCUCGGGUCUGUUUAAUUUGGGAAAGUUUAACGAUCCGUUGACUUUUGAUUACAUUGAAGUGCCAAUAUUUGUUAUGAUGGGAGUAACUGGUGGAAUAUUGGGAGCAAUGUGGAAUUCGUUAAAUACAGCAAUUAAUCGUUUUCGAAAGAGAUGCAUCCAAUGUAAAUGGGCUCAAGUGUUCGAGGCAAUAUUGGUGUCAAUUAUUGGAGUAACUGCGGCUUGUAUAAUGGUUUAUUUGAUAAAUGAUUGCAGACCUUUAGGAAAUGAUCCGACAGACUAUCCAAUUCAACUUUAUUGUGAAGACAACCAGUACAAUGCUGUAGCCUCACUUUGGUUUCAAACUCCUGAAGCUAGUGUGAAAUCGAUUUUGCAUGACCCACCAGGAUCACAUAAAUUUCUGACACUAGCCGUGUUUACUUUAAGUUAUUACAUAUUGUCUUGCUUGACGUUCGGAUUGAAUGUAUCAUUGGGAAUUUUCAUUCCUACAGUUUUAGUAGGAGCUGCAUGGGGUCGUUUGGUGUCUAUGUUCCUGUUUGAAGCCUUCCCAGAAGCAGAGUUCCUUCAUCCAGGAAAAUACGCCUUAAUCGGAGCAGCUGCCCAUAUGGGUGGUGUUCUUCGUAUGACAAUAAGUCUCAGUGUGAUAUUAAUUGAAACUACAGGUGUAGAAACUAUAUUCUUUUUCCCCUUGAUCAUUACUUUGAUAACUGCUAAAUGGGUUGGUGACUAUUUUAAUGAAGGCAUAUAUGACAUUCAAAUUCAUGUAAACAACGUUCCCAUCCUCCCGUGGGAACCAAAACGUUCUCACCAGGGUCUGAUAGCCUCCAAAAUAAUGAGUUCACCUGUUGUUUGCAUUAAACUUCGUGAUAAGGCCGAUCACAUCUAUAAAAUCCUUAAGAAUUGUAACCACAAUGGAUUUCCUGUUGUCGAAGACGUUCAAGGGAACAAUAGAUCAAAUGGUCGAGUUUGUGGAAUUAUUUUGAGGUCACAAUUAAUUGUGAUCUUACUAAAGAGUCUCUAUGAAGAAAAAAAACAAUUUUGGGAAAAUGAAAUUACGAAUCAAACUUUCCGCGACGUUUAUCCUAGAUAUCCGUCAAUCGAUAGCGUAAGAAUGCAUACAGACAAAGUGAAUUACACUGUAAAUUUAGACAUCUUCAUGAACCCAUCACCUGUGAGAGCUAAUGAGUUUGAUACAGUGCCGAGGAUAUUUAAUAAAUUCCGUGCCUUGGGCUUGCGGCAUAUUAUUGUGAUUGAUAAAGAGAAUCGUGUUGUUGGAAUUAUAACGCGAAAAGAUUUUUUAAAAUAAAGUAUAAUUAUUAGUUUUUUUUUAACCAUAGAACUAUUAUAACUUUAAACUGCAAAAAUUAUAAAACAAUAAGUAUUUUUCAAUAAAUAAAUAUAGUUUUUAAAACAAAAUA